AUGAAAUGGGUUGCUGGCGCCAUGAAAGUGGAACCGCAGACGAGAUCAGACGUUGCAGCACCCACCAUGAAGGAGGGCGGCACGGCAAAGCGGAUGUCCUCACAGGACUAUGCGACGACGACUCCAGCAACGGAACAGUAUCCAACGGACGUAAGCGUGCAGAAGAAGAAGAAGAAGGGGCUUGGAUUCCUGCGCCUCUCCUUGUCGUCGCGCCACCGCAGCCGUCGAUUGUCCGAGAGCUCCACCGCGCCCAUUGAGUCUUCCAUCGACUCUCGGCGUGGGCACCCCCUUCCCUCUCCUAUCAAGAACAACCCUCCAUCGCCUAAGAAACCCUCGUACGAUAUUCCUGCAGCACACGCCGCCUCCGUCGAUGCCGCGAUCUCCGCGAUGUUGGACUCCGUGGUCAACAUUUCCGACCAGUGGACGUUCAACUCUGAAAAGCAAGGCGUCCGCGCGUAUUCCAAGGACGAAGGUACCCUCCUCUCCGUCCUCGGCGUCGGGAGCCUGCCGUUCCCUCCCGCGCACGUCGCGACCUUCCUAUUUGACGCAUCUAAACGACCAGAGUACGACAGCGCCUGCGCUUCCUGCGCGCGCCUUCAUACGUUGGACAGCCACACCGCCAUCGACUACUUUGCGUCCAAGGCCGUGCUCAUGGUGGCCGGCCGCGACUUUGUCAACCUCGUGCACUGGCGCCAACUGCCCGACGGAUCCAUCGUGCUGGUCGCCGUCGCCACUUCCGAUCCGUCCAAACCAUCGCCAUCCCCCGGGCUCGUGCGCGGGGAAAUCCACGUCGCAGGGUGGACGAUCGCAGCGCUAGGCGCGUCGCACUCGAAAGUGUCGUUCCUGAUCAAAAUGGACCUUAAAGGCAACAUCCCAGGGUACAUUCAGCGCAAAGUCGCGCUGGACCAAGCUUUCUGCAUGCUCCACGUCCAACGCGCCAUGCAACGACGCCCCCCCACGCCCCCUUUCUUGACCCAUGACGUGGCAGCACCACAAACAAGUCCAGCGAACGACCCACAGCCAACGACGCAGACGCCCGUAGUGGAGUUAGCGUGUGACCCCCCAGCUUCGACUGCAACGUUCAACCCCAUCGGUCAUUGUGCGUCCCCGUGGGUAGCGUUCGGGACGUUUCUAACCGUGCUGUACGGCCUGCCAUUGGUCGGGAUUGACGACGUUGUCCACGACAUUGUUGUUUGGAACACCAUUGCGUGUAUGACAUAUGUGCUGUGGGUCACGACAACUCGUCACAACACUGUGUCGCAGGAAUACUAAAUAAAACUAGUUGCUCACUCUACAAUAAUGCAUAGACCUAUUUUAGUCUAGUGGCAAUAUAUAUAUAUAUAUAUAUAU